GCUGCGAGAUCACCAGCUAGCUAGCUCCAUCGAUCAUCAUUGAUCUAACAGCACACAUGGCGUCGACGACGGUGAUGCGGCUGGUGCUGGUCAUGGUGUGCUUGGCGGCGUUUGCCGUCGUGCAGUCGGCUUCACAGGCGCCGCGCUUGGCGGUGGCCACCCCGUCGAAGAAUAAGAACACGCAGCACAAGUGCACCAACACCAGGACUAACAAGACCACCUGCACGGCCAGCUGCAACAACCGAUGCCCUCACAAGUGCCUCAUCCAUUGCCCAAGCUGCAAGACAUUCUGCCUGUGCGACUUCUACCCCGGCGUCUCCUGCGGCGACCCUCGCUUCACCGGCGCCGACGGCAACAACUUCUACUUCCACGGCAAGAAGGACCAGGACUUCUGCAUCCUCUCCGACGCCAACCUACACAUCAACGCCCACUUCAUCGGCAAGCGCAACCCCGCCAUGAGCCGCGACUUCACCUGGAUCCAGGCCCUCGGCAUCCGCUUCGCCCACCACCGCCUCUACGUCGGCGCCGCCAGGACCGCCAAGUGGGACGCCGCCGCCGACCACCUCACCAUCGCCUUCGACGACGAGGACGUCGAGCUGCCCCGCUCCGUCGGCGCCAGGUGGGCACCCCCCACCGCGCCGGCGCUCUCCGUCACCAGGACCGCGCAGGUCAACACCGUCGUCGUCGAGCUCAGGGGCGUCUUCCGCAUCAUGGCCAACGUCGUGCCCAUCACCGCUGAGGACUCGCGGAUCCACAACUACGGCGUCACCGACGACGACAGCCUCGCGCACCUCGACCUGGGCUUCAAGUUCCACGACCUCACCGACGACGUCCACGGCGUCCUCGGCCAGACCUACCGCCCUGACUACGUCAACAAGCUCGACGUCAAGUCCAACAUGCCGGUCAUGGGCGGCGCGCCGGACUACCUCUCCUCCGAUCUCUUCUCCACGGACUGCGCCGUCGCACGGUUCGGCCGCCGCCCCGCAACCAUCGGAGGAGGACCGGCCAUUGAGAUGGUCACCGGCACGGAAUAAUGAUUAAGCUACCCUAGCACGCAGUAAUAAUAAUUUAUCCAUGACGUACGGUUUAUCUGGGACAAAUUGAAGAACAAGAAAUAAGAUUGAAUUAUCGUGGCAGCUCAUUCAAAUUCAA